UCAGCAAUUGAUUUAAAAAAAAAUAUUUAUAUAUCAAUGGCGACUCCACGCAUUUCCCUGUUCUAAUACCGCCAGUCGCUGCCCGCUCGCUCCAGUACGGGCGACCACGUGACUAUAGUUGCUGCCUUCGGCGCGAUUUUUUUCCAUUUCGAAAAACCAACGUAAAGUAACAGCAUAUAAGAUGGAAGAGUCAUUAGAUGGUCGAGAGGCUGGUGCGGGCACUUCAGGCUUCGAUUCGGCGGCCAUCUUGAAUGAUGACGUAUCACCCACCACAAGUUUCUGCUACAACAUACCGAACCUAUUCAAUGGGCUUGGUCCGGGUUCAGUUCUGUGCGAGCGACCAGACACUGAGGUCGGCGAGUCGUACACACCAGCGGAGGCGGCAGACGACGCCGGUGACAGCCAGCAGUACGAAGAAGAUGAAGAAUAUUCACCUAAUUCUAACUCCAAAAGCGAUAUUCCAAAAAGAAAACAACGAAGAUACAGGACUACCUUCUCAAAUGUGCAACUAGAACAGUUAGAAGCUGCCUUCCACAAGACCCACUAUCCUGACGUGUUCUUCAGAGAGGAGCUCGCGAUGAGGAUAGACCUCACUGAAGCCAGAGUUCAGGUUUGGUUCCAAAACCGUCGGGCAAAAUGGCGGAAGCAACAAAAGGCUGGUUGCGAGUAUCCACCUCGACAGACCAGGUCACCAGACCCUCGGUCACCAUCAGCACUUGCGUUAGAAAUGAGAGACUUCAUCACCAUACCCGUUUCCUCAUCACAAAUCAUCAGCUUAGCGGAAAAUUCAAACCAACCUGGAUACCCAUCAAAAUCAAAACAACCCGGGCCAGCCAUACACAUAUCAGCAUUACCCACAAGACAGAACCCUCAAGUCGACCUACCAUCGUUUUCAAUACCACUACAAUACAACUUGGGAUCAUUCAAAAAGCUAGGAGAUGAAGCACAGUUAGAUCUCGAAGCUUCCACGUCAGAAAACGUUCCGCAACACCAUUGGGAUACACGAAUGAUGCCUAACUUUAAUCUAAUGAACAUUAAACCGCUUCUAGAUAACAGAGAUUGUUUAGACAUGUCCGAAGUUAAGUAUGAAGUUAAGAAUGAAAACAGACCAUACAACGAAAUGCCAAAUUCCAUCCAAACGUCUAUAGAACCAGAAGAUAUUUUAGGUAAAGAAGCAGUGAGUGAAGGACAAACUAUCUCCCCUGAUUUUGAGAUUGAAAGAUUUCAAAAUUAUCACAACGAAAGUGAUAAACGAUAUAGAGAUUCAAGUUUUGAUGAGUCAAUUAUAGAGGAUGCGCGGAAUGACUUCGUUUGCGACAAUGAUUUUUUAUGUAAGAAUAAUUUCGACAAGAUUGAUGAGAAACGGAAUGAUUUUGAAGAAUGCCAUUUAUUGGAUACUGAUAAUAGUGUAGCUGUUAAUAUAAGCAAUUUCGAUAGUAAUCUAUAAUGUAUAAGAAACUCAUUAGUGAUAUAGUCAAUCUGCUAGGAUCACGAAAAAUCACGAAGAAGAAGUUCACGAAGAUACUCCUGGAUACUCAUUAUCUGAUAUUUAUCUUCAUCGUAAUCCCAUCGACCAGCGUUAGAUCAGCAUGGUGGGUCAGAGCUUCAUAUCCCCUUCUUCCAUAAGGCCUGAUAAUGUUGAUGAUAAACAAUCUUUUAGCAGACUCAGGAGUGAUUACAAAAAUAAGAAACUAAUGUUAAACAAAUGAUUCACAACAUUUGUCAGGACAACUUAAUUAACAAAUUAAACUGUAACCAAAAUAAGACUCUAGAAUGGCAGAGAAUGACCUUGAGUGAAGUCACGCACUUGUGAACUUUGUGUGUAGGGUUAAAGGUGCCUUUGACUGUUAACAAACACUCCCCUUUUCCACUCAAGUCACUCUCCCGGUCUAUCUCAAGUAACCCAUAAAGAAUUACACAACAAGAGAUGUGGACGGCUCGAACGCCACGAGCACAAUGAAGCCGUCCGUACCGCAAGUCGUUGCAACGCGGCGAUAACAAAUCUAAUAUGGGAAGUCUGUUGUUUGGUUUUGAGUGCAGUGGAGAGACAACUAAUGUGAAGUAUCAUUUAUUAUCAGAGAAACACACAAACAAACAGUCAGUUUUACACUCCAACGCACCUGUCUAACACUUGUAUGUAUACCCCAUAGACAGCCAAAGCCAUUAUAUUCUUCUUCGCGUAUAUUGACUACACUUAAUAUUUAAGUUUAGUCCAUUUUAAUACCGCAAGCAACCUUAUCUACCUGUCAUGUAACACCUCUAGUGAAUAUUUAAACACUAAUCAGGGCCUUGCUUUUAUCUCCAUUUGCGUCCAACUAGUACCUAACUAAUUAUGCAAUAAGUCUCUAAGAUUUAGUUUUUUAUUGGUAUGUUUACUUAAAUGUGAAUAAUAAAAGAUUCUAGUCA